AUGUCCGCGGCUAAUGGAAGAAAGAGCGUGUUGAUCACGGGCUGUGCACCCGGAGGAAUCGGAAAUGCAAUGGCGAGGGAAUUCCACUCGAAAGGUCUCCAUGUCAUAGCCACGGCCCGAAACCUCGGUCAGAUCACAGAUCUUUCGGAGAUGGGCAUGUCGACGCUUGCGCUGGACGUGACGGAUAGCGCCAGUAUAGAGGCUGCGAAGGUGGACGUGGAGGCGUUGACGGGCGGGGGUUUGGAUAUUCUGGUUAAUAACGCCGGCCGCAACCUCACCCUCCCCGCCCUCGACGUCCCCCUCGACGAAGCGCGCCACACCUUCGAAACAAACUUCUUCUCCAUCAUCGCGCUAACCCAAACAUUCACGCCCCUGCUAAUAUCCUCCUCCCCGUCCCUAAUCCUUAACAUCGGCUCCGUAGCCGCCAUCGUGCCGUAUGCAUUCGGGUCCGUGUACGGCGCGUCCAAGGCGGCGCUGCACUCGUGGUCAAACACGCUGCGCGUGGAGCUGGAGCCGUAUGGAGUGCGCGUCAUGGUUGUGGUAACUGGUGGGGUGAGAAGUCGUAUUGCGAGGACGCACAGGGAGCUGCCGGAAGGGAGUCUGUAUAUGGAUGUUGAGAAGGAGUUUCAGAGGCGGCUGACGCAUAGUCAGGAGGGGGCGAUGGAUGCGGGGGUUUAUGCUGAGAGGGUGGUUAGGGAAGCGUUGAGGGAGUGUCCGAAGAAGUGGUUUUGGGAGGGGAAUAGAGCGAGGUUGAUUAGGAUGUUUGGGCUGGUUAGGUUGAAGCGGUUGGUUAUGGGCGCGAAGAAGGCUGUUUGA